AUGGACCGAAUUCAGUAUGGACCGAAAUCCCUGAUGGCCGGUCCCUCCCUCAAGAAUGGCGGCAGUGGCGCUCACUACAGGUGGGGUCAAUCCGCCCGCGAAGUGACGAUCGCCAUCAACGCCGGCUCUCGUCGCGGCCGAGACUUUCGUGUCGAGAUCAAUCGGAGCCGCGUGAGCGUGGCGGCCAGGAGCUGCGGCGACGAGUGGCAGCACCUCCUGCGCGGCGAGCUGCAGCGACCCGUGCUGACGGACGAGUGUGAGUGGAGCGUGGAGGACGGGUCGCUGAUCAUUGCCCUCGCCAAGGACGGCCGGCUCGGCGCCGAGGCGGAGUGGUGGACCGGGGUGCUCGCCGGCGAGGACACGCUCGAGGCACGGACGGCGGACGCGGCGCUCGCCAUGAGCAGCGGCCUCGACGCCGCGCUGGUGUUGCGAGCGCAGGUGCUCGGGCUGAGCGACAUCCCGCAGUGGAUCCUGGACGAGCCCCGGCAAAUUCUCUCCCGAGGUUGGGCUCACGCGAAAUAG